AUGCCACUACUAUGCAGAAGGCUUCGUCGUCCGCGACAUGCGCAAGUCGGCGAUUAUCCGCAAUUAGCUGUUGAUCUCAUGACGCACAAGCCAGCAGACGAGCCUCAAGCGCCUGGUUCCGAUAAUCCCCCAGACACUCGGCAGACAGGGCAGCAGCAGAAGAAGGGACUGACAGAUGACCGCAGAUUGGACCUAGAGAAUGUCGUGCUGACCUCUUUUUUCGGAGAGCCUUACCGAUACCGACAGGCAGAUGGUUCCUACAACAGUCUUUACAAUCCAUCUCUCGGCAAGGCGGGGUCAUCAUACUCGAGGUCCGUCCAGCCAACGGCAUGGCAACCAUCAGCCUUACCCGAGGCCCAGCUUAUAUUUGACACCCUACUGUCGCGCGAGGAUGGCGGUUUCAAGCCUCACCCAAACGGCAUAUCUAGUGUUUUCUUUUACCUAGCCACUAUCAUCAUACACGACAUCUUCAGAACAUCGCACGAUGAUCCCAGCGUCUCCCUCACGUCGUCUUACCUUGACCUUGCCCCGCUGUAUGGUGCCAAUCAAGACGAACAGAACACUAUAAGGACCUUCAAGAAUGGCAAGCUGAAGCCAGACUCCUUCUGCGAGAAGCGCACCCAUGGCUUUCCACCCGGGUUCUUCAAUCGCUAUCACAAUUGGGUUGUGGAAAGACUGGCAAUGAUCAACGAACGCAACCGGUUUUCACAGCCUAGCAGAACCCAAGAUUCGAACACGAGGAAACGAGCACUCGAGAUCCUCGACAACGACUUGUUCCAAACAGGAAGAUUGAUUGUAUGCGGUCUAUACAUUAACAUGAUUCUCCACGACUAUCUCCGCGUCAUUCUUGGCCUCAACCACACGGCUUCGACCUGGAGUUUAGACCCUCGAAUGGAAACAGACACGGAAAAGAUCCCUCGAGCGGGCGGAAAUCAAUGCAGCUUCGAGUUCAACCUGCUCUAUAGGUGGCAUUCGGCAAUCAGCGAGAGAGACGAAAGGUGGUUGGAUGCGCAUCUUGAGUCGUUACCUCGAGACCCUAAAGAUAGGAUGGAGGCUACAGACUCACAUAGCUUUGCAACCUUUGAACAGUCUGUUGCCAGUGCGCCCGAACGACGCACUUUUGGUGGCUUGACAAGAGGACCGGAUGGACGUUACUCUGACAGCGAUCUUGCUCGGAUUUGGGUCGAGAGCAUCGAGGAUGCUGCCGGGGCAUUCGGCCCAAACAAUAUCCCACGAACACUUCGUAUGAUGGAAGUUAUUGGCAUAAACCACGCUCGCGCCUUGCGUGUAGCUACUCUCAAUGAUUUCCGCAAGUAUUUUGGCUUGCUUCCUUACACAUGCUUUGAGCACAUUACCUCAGACCCCGCAGUAGCACAGCGCCUCCAGGCUCUUUACGGACAACCGGACAUGGUUGAACUCUAUCCUGGUCUUCUCAGCGAAGAUGCCAAACCAUUGAUGAUACCCGGUAGUGGGUUGUGCGCCCCCUAUACGCUGAGUCGAGCCAUACUCUCCGAUGCAAUCAUGAACAGAUACCAUGAGGCUGCAUCUGAUGUACUGGUCGACGACGGAUGUGUGUUCCACAAGCUGGUAUUGCGAGCGUUGCCGACUGCCUUUUCCCCUAGCAGUAUAUACGCUCACCUACCGUUGGUUACGCCGACGACUAACCGCACCAUCGUGGAGCGCCUACAGCGAGAGUCUCGGUACUCCUUCGAUCGUACACGGACUUUGAGUCCCCAAAUCCAUAUUUCUAGUCCUCUUGCCGUGAAGGAAAUUCUCCAGAGUGACGCCUUUGCAGGCGAUAGCUGGAGACAUCAGCUGACGUACUUGAUGGGGAAGCCUAAUCACCAGAUGGGCCUGUAUGGCGAUGCGACUGAUUUCGAGCAAAGGCGAGCUCGCUUGGAGAAGACUAUCUUCUGCCCAAGCCUGGAGACAGAGUUUAGAGAUUUGUUCAGUCAAUUAUCAAGAUGCAUCUACCCAGAGGCAGAGAAAAUCGGAGAGCUUCCCCAGACACUGCAAAUCGACCUGGUUGCCUAUUUCGCCAAUGCCAUACCCAUCAACUUCGUUGGUCAUUUGCUGCCAUUGCCUCUGAAGUCGCAGGUAGACGUUGACGGAGCGCACACCCCAGAGGAUCUUCACUCCGCACUCGUGUCGAUCUUUGCCGUCUUAUUCUUGCGACUGGACCCGGUCUUGUCAUACAAUAUCCGUAUCGCAGCCCAGCCUAUUGCUGCGUCGGUCGGUGACAACCUCGAAAUUGAAAUAAGUAAUGUCCCGGCUAUCAUGCUGCUGCUUGACGACGAGGAUCACCAGUCAGAACGUCGGGGACCCUGA